GACUGGUUCAGGUCUUGAGAAACGUCGGGACAAGCAAUCGCUGGAAACCGGUUCCUGUCCCGAGUGCAGUGUGCGUCCCCUGGAUCGUGUUUUCACUGCUCCCUUCUUCCUGGCUGUUCUGUGAGAACGUUAAAUCAGAAUGCCAGGUCUGGUUUCCUUGCCUGCCUGCUCAGAACAUUCACUGGAAUCAUCAAAGAAUAAGGUUUUAAGAAAUGCUGUACACGUUGAGGAAGCUGAAAUGGAGAAGUGUGUCAGAGAUGUAAUGAAAGAAAAGAAAAUUGAGCAGAAGGAUACAGGGUUUAAGACAAAUCUGCAUAUAUCCUUACUGCAGAUAUCAGGUUAUAAAAAACUUUAUCUGAAUGUGGAAAAUCUGAGGAAGGUCCCGUAUGAUUCGGAUAACGAAGAACACGAGGAACAGUUAAUUGAGCUUUGGAAUUUGCUGAUGCCUCAUGAGAAUCUGAAGGCCAGAAUCACCAAGCAGUGGUGUGACAUUGGCUUCCAAGGUGAUGAUCCCAAAACAGACUUCAGAGGAAUGGGCCUGCUGGGGUUAGUGAAUCUGGUGUAUUUUAGUAAGCAUUACACCGACGAAGCUCGUCAGAUCCUUUCUCAUUCUAAUCACCCAAAGCUGGGAUAUUCUUAUGCAAUAGUUGGAAUCAAUCUGACAGAAAUGGCAUACAGCUUACUUAAGAACGGUGCUUUAAAGUCUCAUCUGUACAACGUAGUCUCUGGAUUGCCACAGAUGGAGCACUUCCAUCAGUUUUACUGUUAUCUGGUUUAUGAGUUUGACAAGUUCUGGUUUGAAGAAGAACCAGAAAGCAUUAUGCACUUCAACCAGUACAGAGAGAAAUUCCAUGAAAAAAUUAAGGGACUUCUAAUGGAUUGUGAUGUGAUACUAACCUUACAAAAUACAAAGAAACCUUAACUCCUCUGCAGUCUAUGAGGUUCUGCAUCAAAAAUGGAAUUAUGCAUUUGGAUGGAAAUUUUGCAUGUUUCAGCAAAAACUGUUUAACAAUAGAACUAUUUUUUUUUACAUUUAAAAAAAAAAUCAAAAUUCAGUUAAGAAAGCUUGGACAAUCAACCUCUGUUUACAGGUCUUUAUAUGCUAUUCUCCAAAGGACAGCUUUUUAAAAAAAAAAACAAAACAAAAAACAACCAACAAACCAACACAAAAACCAACCCACAAAUCUCAAGAGCCUCUGGACCACUUGCUUUCACAAUUUCUUUUAUACUCCUUGGUGCAGGAACAUGAAGCAGGUAUUUAUGCCGCAUCAUGUUUUCUGUGAAUAGGUUUGACUGUUAAUUGUCUUUUAAAAACUUCUUUUAGUUGAAAUUACUCUGGUUUUAGACUUUUUAUGUUCUUGUUCUAUACAUGUAGUCGAUUGUUCACUCAUCAAUGUUAAAUUUCUCUGUAGUGAAGAGGUCCACGAAGGGGAUGUAUUAGUCGCUUAUGAUUUUGGAGAGGAGGCUUAAUCCAUCAAUAUACUGACGAACUUACUAGAAACUGCUUCUGGCUGAGGAAGUUUUUUUUAUCUAUGGAUUUGUACCAGCAAAUUCCUGUGCUUGGAAAAAGCUUAGUUUGCAAACGAACAAAAAGAACCACAAAUCAUCAGUGUGAGGAUCAGAUCCUCAGACUAAAGUUACUCCUUCUAAAAAAUACUCCUACUGUAAAAAUUUUCAAUUCUUUCUAAUUUGACUUCAGCUGCUCAGGGUGCUCAACUUUGUAUCUGUUGUCAGCCCUUUCUUUUAGCAGCUAACGGGGUAUGCUCAGCGGGAAGUACAAGAGAGUUAGUUUAGCCCUUUUAUAAAGUUCACUCAUUAAAAACCUUUAUUGCAGCUGCAGUCCCUAUUUUGUGAAAAUAGAUUCACACCUGAGUACAAGUCUCUAACAAAGAUGUAUUUUCCAUGGAAGGGAUGCAACUGCGAUAUGUUCCUUAACCUUGGCAUCUUCAGACAAUCUAGUCAAUAGGACUUUAUAUCUAUAUUGUGACUAAUUACUGCUUAAAGCAACUUUAAACAGAUUUGGUAUGACCAUCACUUCGUUUUCUAAAAUCUGCUAUUAAAUAAGUGCCUUCUGCUUUACUCAAUCAGUGUUUUAUUUUGAUUCUGUAACCAGAUCAUAGCCUUAGAAGCUCGAGUUAUUUGGGAAAGACUCUUUCAGUAUAUACCUAAAUAGCACACAGUGGCACAAAAUUUGUAUGCUAAUAGAAGCUUUCAUGCUUUUUUUUUUUUUCUUUUUUAAAAUCAUCUCAGGUAAAUUGGUUAACUCCUAGUCAAUGACUAAUCAUGAAGAGAUUCCUGAAGAAUACAAAUAUUGAACACGAGAAGAAAAAAAAGACAAACCCCUUUUUGUAAUGAGUGAUGUUACGCUACAUAAGUAUUAAAUGUAUUAUUAUAAUAUGUAGUGCUACAUCUCCUUGGAGAUAAUCAAAACCCAACUGGAUGUGGUCCUAAGCAGCCUGCUUUAGGUCACCCUGCUUUGGGCAGGGGGUUGGACUAGGUGAUCUCCAGAGGUGCCUUCCCACCUCAGUAAUUCUGUGAGUCCGUAUCGUGUAACUAGUGACUUCUUGCACUGCAUCCACCCAAUUGCUCUUGAUCCCUGAAAUGUUGGUGAUCUCUUAUUUGUGGGAAAGCUCCUGAUCAGGGUAGGCAGUAUAUAUGUAGGAGGUAACGCAGCUCUGUUUUCUUUUUGUGAUACCUUAGGUAUAGACGAGAGUUAAACAAUUCUUAAGUUUAACAUGUGCAAGGUGGAGAAGGGUUCAUCUCAUCUGUGUUGGGUUGAUGCUAUUCUACUAAAAAAAGAAAAGGUAACGUGAAGAUGCUCGUAGGGAGAGUAGUUACGGUUAUGCCAUGGCUUGUAAACUGAACAGCUGAACUGACUAGAUUAGAUACGAAGCUGACCACAGGAAGCCUAGUUCUUUUGCUACUCCCAGGUACUUGGGUCCUGUAAUUCUCACCACUGAAAAAAGCUGAGGUCCUGUGGAGAGUGUUCUGGGAUUCAGGUCCUGCGGUGGAGCUCUGUGUCUCUGAGCCUUGUAGAUACGGGACAUUCCUAAAAUCUGAGGAAGGAAGUGUAAAGCAGACUCUUUCCCAGUGGCUGAGAGGUUAGUUGUCUGUUACUCUCUAGCCCCAGCUUCUGUCAUGUUUGUCUACCUUCAGUAAUAAUUUUUGCUAUUGCUUGUAGAUCUCCUUUGCAAGCAACGCGAGACUGACUUUUUGAAUUUCAGAAGUGACCCCAAUAUGUUUAGCAGCAGUGGGAAAGGAGAUCCCAUUCUUUAUUUUCAUCCACUGCUUGCUAGCAAGUAACAAAACUGCUUGAGCCAUCUCUCUAAAACGCUCCCCUGUGCUAGUCUGCAGCUUUUUUUUUUUUUUUGGCAACAGUUGCAAAAAUAAUCUACACCCUCCUCUUUCCAGCCUUGAGCAUCAAGUUUCAGAUUUCCUAUCACAACACCUAAGACACUUUAGUGUAGCAUGUAGAUUGAGCCCGGUGGGAGAUGCAUCUUCAUUAGCUAUUUCUUUUUUUAAAUCAAAGUGUGAGCUGGGAGUAAACUGUGGCAGCGUAAAAGGAAAAAAAGUAAACCCCAACCAUCAUCAGAUGAGUGAGAUACAUGGGAAUGCAUUAGUUUGCAUGUAGUAAUUAAGGUGAAUGUUUAUGUUAGGCUCCAGUACACCUCCCCAGUAAACGGUUGGAAUUUGCAUGUAGUUUUGUACGAUCAAGUAGCCAAGUCCUUCUGUCUAGGGGUCACUCCCUGUAUGUAGGCUAGUACUGGGUGUCCCUGUUUUGCACCAGUGGUAGGCUAAUUGUAUUAUGGUGGUAGCUAGAAAAUAUAUGGAAAAAGGUAAAAUUGUGUUUAGGGAAGGGAAGAACAAUGUUUUACUAGUCGGUGGUAUUUCAUACUAACUGUUGUAGGGCGACAAUCCUAAGGUUACAGAAGAUUCAAAAUGGAGGUAGGCCACCUUUCUGCAAGUUGAUACAAUCAAUUUGUUUAACGUCAGUUAUUGCUCAUGGUUUAUUCGAAGAGUCUUAAAACCUUGGUAAAUUCUCUUGUUAUUUAUUAACUGUCAUGUUUUAAUGUAUUAUCUUAUUAGAAUUUGCAAGUACUGUUAGUUUCCUAACUUGCUGCCUCUUUAAAGCAUUCACUAUGUGAAAGCUUAUAUGCAAUAGUAAUUUUAGAAAAAAAUUAAAACUGAAGACAACAAGGUGGUUCUCAAAUUUGUUGUUGUUGUUCCUGUAGCAACUGUUUAACAAACUACCUCCACUUUUGUUGUUUAGUGUAUGCUUGAAACAUGGUGCCACUCCAUGAACAAAUUAAUCUGAAGAUAAGUAGAAGUUCAUCUCAAGCAAAGUAAAACCUAGUCUUUCAAUAGGUAAACACAUUGCUUCGUACGUAACCAACUUGAUUGGAAAGGGAUUUGAAGACAGCGCUACUUAGGAAGAAAGAAACUGAGAAUGUUUUUAAACUGGUUGUGCUUCUGUCAUCUGAUACAGCAGUGUAAAGAAUAGGGCAUUUUGUCCUAAAGGACAAUAGGAAAAGGGGCCAAUUUAAGCACCUCAGAUAAAUAGUUUUGGAUUUUCACUCUUUCAAAAACAAAACAAGAAAAAAUGCAAACAAAAAAAUUAAACACACACACACACAGAAAGCCCCAAGCAUUCAUCUUCUAGAUUUUCCAUCCUAGUUUAAAUAGCAAACGCUUUACAAAAAAAUACUGGUUAGCCUUGUUUUAAGAAUUAUCGUGAUGAAAAAGUUUGUAUUUAGUUAGGUGCGAGUUCAGCAGUCAGUAUUCUUGAAAAUACUGCUAGUGAAUUUGUGGUAAAGAUGUAACGUGUUGUUUCUUUCUGUCAUGCUUGUUUUGUGUUGCUGUAGUGCAAUGGUGAUCAAUCUCUGGACCGAUGUUUCUUGUGCCAGUCAAUAUAUAGUCUUUCUCUAGGGAAGAAAAAAACCCCAGCCCAAGACAGCUUGUGGGCAGUUUCUUCUUGUCACACUGUGCUUAGAUAGCUGCGUACUAAUAGAAAUUUCUGUUUACUGCAAUAUAAAAGCAAUAAUGUAAACUGUGAUGUCUGUGUAAUGGAAAGAGAUGUUUACAGUGGUAGCAAAUAAAGAACGAGUUAUU